AUGAAUGAGUUGGAGAGGAUAACUAGGGAAAAUAUGAUGCUUAGGACCUCUGUGAAGAAUUUGCAGGAUCGGGUCGAUUCGCUUGAACAGCAAGGCAGAGCCAAUAAUGUCGAGAUUUGUGGAGUACCUGAGAAGGAGAGUGAAAAUGUUCUGAGUAUUGUUACAAGAAUCGCUGAGAAUAUUGGUUGCCCAAUCGAGCCCUCUGAGGUGGAUAGCUUUUAUAGAGUCCCCACCUUCGACCCUAAGAAACCCAAAACUAUCGUGGUUAAGUUUCUCUCUAAGCACAAAAGAGACAGUUUUUUGGGAGCGUCUAAAGCGAAGCGCCGUCAAUUGGGUACAUCUAGGGGAUUCAAGAUCGAUAAUAUUUCCCACGAAUUAUACAUAAAUGAACAUUUGACGACCAGGAACAAGAAGCUAUUGAUGAAGACCAAGGAUGCUGCCAGAUCAAAGAACUACAAAUUUGUAUGGAUUCGCGAUGGCGCCAUCCUGGUCAGGAAGGACGAGCGAUCAAAAAUUAUGAGGAUUUCCGACGAGGAUGAAUUGGCUAAAAUUGUUUAG